AUGUCUCAAUUAUCAUCACAAGGGAGUAAUGCUAUUAUCUACACUACGUAUGGAUUUAUGUUAAUCACUGCGUUGUUUUUAGCUUGGAAAUUUGCUAACUCAUCCCAAUUUUUACAAUCAAAUGGAACUCAAAGAGGGGUUCCAUUGGCAUUAAAUUUUAUUGCUUCAGCUAUGGGUGUGGGGAUCCUUACAACAUAUGCUCAAAUAGCAAACAUUUCCGGAUUACAUGGUCUCUUAGUAUACACUAUCUGUGGGGCAAUACCAAUUGUUGGAUUUGCGUUUGUCGGUCCAAUCAUUAGACGUAAAUGCCCUGAAGGUUUUAUUUUGACAGAAUGGGUUAGACAUAGGUUUGGAAUAGUUACUGCCAUGUAUUUAUCCUUCUUUACUUGUUUAACCAUGUUUUUAUUCAUGGUAGGUGAGUUAGCUGCCAUUAGAGGUGCUAUAGAAACCUUGACCGGGUUGAAUGCACUCGGUGCUGUUAUCGUUGAAUGUGGGGUUACUACGAUUUAUACAUUCUUUGGGGGUUUCAGAAUCAGUUUCAUUACUGAUAAUUUCCAAGGGGCAUGUGUAUUGAUUUUAAUUGUAAUCUGUGCAGCUGGGAUGGGAUCAUACAUUGAAAUCGAUCCAUCUAAAGUUGGACCAAGUGGAUUGUUAAAAGCAAAUAAAUUAGGUUGGCAAUUAGUUUAUAUAUUAUUUGUUGCAAUUGUUACAAACGAUUGCUUCUUAUCAGGAUUUUGGUUGAGAACUUUUGCAUCUAAGACUGAUAAGGAUUUAUGGAUUGGAACCUCCAUUGCCGCAGCUGUUGUCUUUGUUAUUUGUACUUUGGUAGGUGUCCCAGGAUUCUUGGCUGUUUGGUCUGGGGAUUUAACUGUGGGAGACGAAAUGGGUUAUAAUGCAUUCUUCAUCUUAUUAGCCAAAAUGCCUAGAUGGGUUGUUGCUUUUGUAUUAAUUUUCUGUGUUGUUUUAUCUACAUGUACCUUUGAUUCCUUACAAUCGGCCAUGGUGUCCACUAUUUCUAAUGAUUUAUUUAGAAACAAGCUUCAUUUAAAUAUUACAAGAUGCUUGGUCAUUCUUGUUAUGGUUCCAAUUGUUGUAUUAGCAGUCAAGGUAGCUGAUAACAUCUUGCAAAUUUAUUUGAUCGCUGAUUUAGUGUCAGCUGCUAUUAUUCCAGCAAUAUUUUUAGGGUUAAGUGACAGACUUUUCUGGUAUAUUAACGGAUUUGAUGUUAUGACUGGUGGAUUGGGUGCUUUACUUGGUGUCUUCAUUUUCGGUACAGUUUAUUAUGGAAGUGCCAAAGAAGGUGGUAAAUUGUUGUUGAUUUGGAAUGGUAUUUAUAGUGCAGAAGAUUGGGGAGCAUUUGGAGCAUUUGUGAUUGCACCCUUUGGUGGUUUAGCUAUCACCUUCGCUUCUGCUGGAUUAAGAAUAAGUGUAUUGUACUUAAUUAGUAAGGCCACUGGAAAACCAUUCACUGCUUUGGAAAGACCAGUAACACCUGAAAUCCAAGAAUCCGAAUCUAUCUAUGGUUCUUUAGAUGAAGAAGAAGAUAAGAAGACAACAGCUCUCGACGCAUAA